UACUGCAAAGCGUUAAUACAUGUAUUUUAGUCAUAACUUUCAGACUUCAAGACUUCAGGUGGCGUCCAGCUAAAACGUGUUUAACGAGAGCAUUACUUUACUUCGAAAUAUGUUAAUAAUGAAGUUCGCACAUGUUCCAGUUUUACCAUCCACUACUCACGGCAUUUCUUCAUCUAGACCAUUGGGUGAACAGCGUCGACAGUGUGUUCGUAACACUCACUAUGUCGCAAGAAGGUCCAUUACACCUUCCAAGAUGGUCUAGAGAUGGCAGAAGAAUAUGAUGUGCGCAGCAAUGAAAUUAUUGUGCGCAAGUGGAGAAAGAAAAGCAGUCUGGGUGUUGAGAAAUGGGAAUAUGAAAUUGGGGAGGAGUUAAUGCCGCGUAAUGUGGAGUCUGAGGGACUGGUGGAAAGUUCAUCAAAUCCUAUAUUUGUGAGGAGAGACACAAAAGAUGCCUACCAGUGGAGAGUAAGAAACCUACCCUACCCUUCAGAUACUUACCUUGUCUCUGUGGACCAAAACCAGAUUGUGAUUAAAACUACAAACAAAAAAUACUAUAAGAAGUUCUCCAUACCGGACAUGGACAGAGCUAAGUGUCCUCUGAGCCAACAGAAUCUUAGUCAUGGAUAUGCCAACAACACACUCAUAGUUACAUACAAAAAGCCCUCUGAGAUCUUGGCUAUGGAGAAAUCUGUUCAAGAGGAACUACUCAAAAUAAAGGCCAGUAAAGAUGGCGAUGUUGAAUGUAACCCAAGCUGAUGAUGUUAACUACUCUUAUUAUGAACUCUUGUAUUAUUGCACUGUAAUUGUCGCAUGUUCCUCAAUGUGACUUUAGGCCUCAUUUUAUAACCUGUACACUGUUCAUGAAAUAAAUUAUUUUGUAAAUGUGUGCAAACAAUUCCAGAAAGUUUUUUUUUCUUUCUUCAAUUAUAAAUUGAGUAAAUGAAGUGUAUGUACUGUUUUGGUACUGUUGACCAGCAGACCUGCUGAGCAUUCAGUACUGGGAUUCAGACCAGUGAUAUUACUGGUUUGGUCUAUCCUGUAAAGAUGUGAACAACUAAAAACAACUGCAAAGGCAGAUCCUAUGAAUUGUUAAUGGAAAAGAACACACCAGCAUAAAGUACAUGUCAGUGUCUGGGAUAAUAGUCUGAUUAUUUUUUUAGAAUAUUUUUUGACCUAGUAAAAUGCAGUUAAUACUUUGGAUUCUUUGGCCUUUUCUGACCUUCUGAGACAGGAGAAGUCACUCCAGCUAUUUGCCACUUGACACAUAGAUUGCUAUACUAGUAUUUCAUCAUUCGAAACACUUCAUUAAGAGCUAUGAACGCAUUCAACAAAUAGAUCUUAAAACAAACUAUUUCAAUUCAAAUAUAUUGCUGUGACGUCACUGAUACCCUCUGGGUCUUAACAGACCCUUAUGGAAUCCUAUGUUUUACAUGUAGUUUAGUUGGUUAGAAAAAUUUCAAAAAAAACCAAAAAAACAAGAAAUCAAACUGUUUUUGUGGACAGUAUUUCAUGGUCUUUUGAUAAAUACUUUAUAAUGUUUUCUUUGCCGUUUAAAUCUGACCCGACUCGGGUUUGAUCCUAGGUCUCCCGACCCCAAGGUAGACACUCUACCAUUCGACCUCCAACCCUGACAGCUUGUCUUUGCAGAUUAGAGCUCAAGCAAUGUUUGGUUUACUUGCAUCGCCUGAGCAAAAUCUGGAAGUUAAAUGUUAAAGGGUAAAAGAAACUGUUCAUGGAAAUCAGAAACUGUUCAUGGAAAUCAGAAACUGUUCAUGGAAAUCAGAAACUGUUCAUGGAAAUCAGAAAUCAGAAACUGCUCAUGGAAAUCAGAAACUGUUCAUGGAAAUCAGAAGAACAGGGUCAUGAUCCUUUUUUGUUUUACAUUUAAGUCAGACUUAAUCUUAAUGUCUGGUAAAAACUUCCAAAACUUAGGUUUGGACUUAAAUCUUCAUUUUCAGUUUUGUUAUCAUAAAUUCUGAGACAGUGCAGUAAGUUCUUUGGAAGAUAAAGACCUAAAGGAGAAGAAAACAUAAAAAUUAUGUCAAAAUCUGAUCAAAGAGCUUCUAAACUUAUUUGGAAAUAUGGCCUUUAAUGUUUUUUCUUGAUUUAAAGAGUCUUUGGAAAUAUUUUUGCAUGGUGGACCACCUUUUGGUAUUUAUCGCCGUUGCAUCAUCAUGUCCCAAGUAAGAAUGUUGUGCAUGUCUAAUAAAUUUAUUUGAAUGGAAAUUUGUUGUUUAUCCAAACAUAUGCAUUUAAUCUCCAUUCUAAUGAUAUUUAUGGAUAUAUUAAAAAUAUAAAUAUGAUCAAAAUCCAGGUUGAACACAUUUCUUAUCUGAAAAAAACACAGAUUCAAGUGGUAAUAUUUUUAUUAAAACAUGUAUUAGAUCCGCAUUUAUAACAUUACACAAAGACUAUACACAACGAAAGGUGAUCCCAAAUACCCACCAUGCAAAAAUAUUUUCAAGUGUCUUGUCUUUAAAGAAAAAUCAAUAAAGAUAUUGAAGACCACAUUUAUCACUAACUUUUUGCAAUCUUUCAUCUGAACUUUUGUAGUUUUUUUAUGUUUUCUCCACCUUUAAGUCUGUAGAGCUCAUGUUAUCAUGGUAGCCAAGCAGGUUGUCACAGUGCUCUAACAACUAUACCACUGGCUUUUGAUUUUGAUUAUAACUCAACCCAGGUUGUCACAGUGCUCCAACCACUAUACCACUGGCUUUUGAUUCUGAUGAAAACUCAACCCAAGCCAUGGUGGUCAAAUGUAUUUAAAAAAAUGAUAAUCCCCAAACUUUAAUUUUUAAGGUUUUAUUUAUUAUAUACAAGGGGGCAAUAAUCAAUUGCAGAUUUUGGUAACCAGUGAGAACAGUGGUAGUGAUUCCUGGCUUGUAGAACAUACAUGAAUUAGUAGUAACUAAUACAAACUGUCUAAUCGUCACUGGAUGGUGUAAACGAGGUUAUGGAAAAAAAAUUCCAAAUUUAGGUAUGCAGCUCAACAAUCAAAAACAGUACUUAAGGCUGUAAAAAUGUCUCAAAGAAAUAAAAACAAACAUUUCUGACAUUUUUUACAUUGUUUUUCUUCCUUUAUUGACAGAAUAGCCAUUGCAGUGUUUGUCUGACAAUGGUAAAAAUGCAUUUUUGUGGUGCAGUGUUUGUCUGACGAUGGUAAAAAUGCAUUUCUGUGGUGCAGUGUUCGUCUGACGAUGGUAAAAAUGCAUUUUU